AUGUCCAAGACGGCUCCCUCGAGUAGGCCCGUCAUGCCUGUCCUACGGCGUCGACGACGGCUUGUCUUCCCCAUCAUCUUUUUGGCCGUCACUAGUACUUAUCUCUGGUUUCCUCAAAUCACCUGGUAUGGAGACAAAUACUCACAGACUGGACCCUGGUCGACGCAGCGUAAUUUAGAACAAUUAUUUGUCCCUAUCGAGGACGAGCUCGACUGUCUGCACGCCAAGCUGCAACCAUCGAUACACGAUGAAUUCAAAGCAGCCAAUCCUAUACCGAAUCGUGUCCACUUCAUCUACGGCUUGAGCAAUCCCUACCAAAAGCCCGGCGCAGGCACUUUCGACUUCUUAUGUUACCUGGCAGUCAGAAGUGCCAUUAUAGCACUACGCCCAGAAAAAGUCUCUCUGCACUAUACCUAUAUUUCUGAGCCUCCAUCACCAGAUGCCAACGCAUCUCCCCUCACGAAUCCUUGGAUCAAGCGAUUAGAGGAUGACAUUACGCUCGUCCACCAUGCGCCUGAAGAGCAAGCAGCACAUGUUUCUGAUAUCCUUCGCCUGAAGCUCUUGCAGAGUGAAGGCGGGGUCUACCUCGACAUGGACUCGUUUGCACUACGAUCUUUCACCAAGAUAUUGAAAUCGCCGCGAGGAAUCGUUCUUGGGUACGAAGGCGGUAAUCGAUAUGGUCUUUGCAACGCCAUAAUGGCGGCACACCCCAACAGCACAUUUGUUGAGCGGUGGCUCGACAUGUAUGGAGGGCAAGACCUCAGUCGUGAGUGGAAUUACCACAGCGUGAUCCUACCCGGCGAGAUGCAGAAAGAGUACCCAAAGGAGGUCUGCGCAUUACCCCCGACAACGUUCUUUUGGCCAACCUGGACAUGGCAUCACCUCGAGUGGAUGCACGAGACACUGAAUCGGCAAGAAGCACAACACUGGAUCGCCGAGAUUGAGAAGAAUGGUGGAAGUCUGUUUGAGGAUCAGCUCGCGUACCAUGCGUGGAGCCAAAUGGCGUGGAAACGUUUCUUGAAGGAUCUCACGCCAGGUAACGUCCGGACAAAGAAUACCAGAUUCAAUAUCAUGGUGAGACGCUUCCUCCAAGACGACCUUUGA